UCAUGAUUUAGCCCGAGACUAUAACUGAAACCAAAAUGGUUCUCGAAAGUACAAUUAUUUGUGUUGACAACAGUGAUUAUAUGCGAAAUGGAGAUUUUGUACCUACUCGUAUGCAAGCUCAACAAGAUGCAGUUAACCUUGUUUGCAUGUCCAAAACACGAUCAAAUCCAGAGAAUAAUGUUGGCCUUUUGAAAAUGGCACAAGCAGAGGUACUUGUGACUUUAACCUCAGACGUUGGCAGAAUUUUAGCAAAGCUGCAUCAGGUUCAACCAUGUGGAGAAAUCAAUUUUAUGACAGCAGUUAGAGUUGCACAUUUGGCUUUAAAGCAUAGACAGGGAAGAAAUCACAAGCUUAGAAUUGUUGUAUUUGUGGGAAGUCCUAUUGAUUUGGAUGAAAAAGAGAUUGUUAAAGUAGCCAAGCGAUUAAAGAAAGAGAAAGUCAAUGUUGAUGUUGUCAACUUCGGAGAAGAGGGACUGAACACAGAUAAACUCACUGCUUUUGUUAAUGCUAUAAAUGGAAAAGAUGGAACUAGCUCUCAUCUCGUGACUGUUCCUCCUGGACCCAUGCUCUCUGAUGCCCUUCUGAGUUCACCUGUCAUAGUUGGAGAAGAUGGUGCUGGCGCUAACAUGACCGGGGCUGGUUUUGAAUUUGGAGUUGAUCCUAAUGAAGACCCAGAGCUUGCAUUGGCACUUCGUGUAUCGAUGGAGGAACAACGGGCUCGCCAGGAAAGGGAAAUAAGACAAAAUACUGCCGCAACUACUGGAGAGUUAGGAGUUAUUUCAGCAGCUUCUGUGGAAGAAGAAAUGUUGGAGAAGGCAUUAGGUGCAUCAUUGAAUCCAGAUGACUCUGUGCCACAGUCCAGUAACCCCACCCCUGUAGAGAUGGAUUUCGCAUCAAUGUCUGAGGAUGAACAAGUAGCUUAUGCAGUCAGACUCUCAAUGCAAAACUCAGGGAUGGGAGCUUUUGAUGGUGGUGCUGCACCAAUGGAGACAGAUACUAUAGGUGGGGCCCCUGCCAGACCUGACAAAAAGGAGGAGGAAGAGGACUACUCAGAGGUGAUGAAUGAUCCUGACUUUCUUCAAAAUGUUUUCCAAAAUCUUCCUGGAGUUGACCCCAACAGUGAUGUUAUUCAAAGUGCAAUGAGUAGUCUAAUCAAGAAAGAUGAUAAAAAAGAUGAUAAGAAAAAGGAUGACAAAAAAUAACUAAACCGGCUAAGAUUUUUGUACGGACAAAGUGUUAAAGAUGGAUUUAUUUCUUUGAAUUUGAAUUUUUUUCUGUGUCUAUGGUCUAAUUUAAAAAUCUGCCUACAAAGUAUUUUCAGUUGCAUUUUAGCUUAUAUUUUGUCUCACUGUAAGGUACUGAAUCAUAGGUCCAAACUGUGUAUCCUUCUUGAGCUAAGUUGAAUAAAUUAAUUCUGGAAGUUAACAAUAAUUUAUGUUUUGUGAAAGUUUGAAGGAGGCUAAAUAAAGUCUUAACGUUAUAAUAUGUUU